AUGAUCCUGAGUUGUCUUAGCUUGUUCAGAUUGGCAUUUCUUGCCAUUGUUAUACAGAAUGCAAUUUUCCUACUCUUUUUCAAGGACACUUUUCAGAAGAGGGAUGUAUUUAUUGCAUUUGAUGCCUCAUGGGCAUUUGUUAAUACUGCUGACCUUUGGUUUGCCACUUGGCUCAGUAUUUUGUACUGCGUAAAAAUCACUAACUUCUCCCACCCUCUCUUCCUCCAAAUGAAGCGGAGAUUCCCUGGGCUGGUGCCUUGGCUGCUUCUGGGGACAGUGGUCUUCUCUGCAAUUGUCACCACCGUCACAGUAACAGGCAAUUUCUUUUCCUUUGUGGUAUUUUUGUCCUCAUCUAUCUUAGUGCUAACUUCCCUGUGGAGACACAAAAACCUUCUACAUAACACUGCAAGGGAUGUCAGCACAGAAGCUCACCUGAAUGCCAUCAAAGCUCUGGCUUCUUUCUCCAUUCUCUAUGUAUCCAAUUUUUGUAUGGAGUUUUUGGACAUAGUCCUGUUCUGGGUGGACAGUAAAGAUGAUUGGAUAACAAUAAUUCUGUUUAAUGUGAUUGCUCUAUAUUCCUCUGGCCAUGCCGUUAUCUUGAUCUUCGUGAAUCCUAAACUGAAACGGGAAUUAAUCAAGAUGCUACAUCAACUACAAUGCUGAAUGAAGACACGCCAUCUUAAAGGCUACCAGGACCUUAUGGAAAUGGCAUCCUCAUUUGGAAGAACAAUAAUGCCUGUCUCUCUGUUGGU